GUGUGUGUGUGUGUGUGUGUGUGUGUGUGUGUGUGUGUUUUAUGGUGAGGAAUGGGUGAAAUGGACAGAGCAACAGUGCGGCUCGCAGACUGCUCAUUCAUCGCUGGUUCAUAUGGCUUGUGGCCGACAUUAAUUCGCACUUGAGGGACUUUAUCUCGACUUCAACUUCAGCAGUAACUCCUAAACUGCACGGCUGUGCAUCAUGACGUCUGAGGGGAAAGAUGCUGACACUGUGCAGGACCCGCUAUUCAUUCUUGAGAGUGGGGAAGUGUACAGAAACCCCACAGAAGUGAAGAUGAGUCAGAUUGUGCUGCCGUGCCAUGCCAACCACUGUGGGGAGCUCAGUGUUGGACAGCUGCUGAAGUGGAUGGACUCCACCGCCUGCCUGUCCGCUGAGAGACACUCAGGAUGUUCUUGUGUCACUGCCUCUGUGGACGACAUCCAUUUUGAGCACACCAUAGGGGUGGGAAAGGUUGUCAACAUAAUAGCAAAGGUCAACAGAGCCUUCACGUCAAGUAUGGAGGUAGGCAUAUUGGUGACUUGUGAAGACCUCUAUACCGCCAGGCAGUGGAGAGUUUGCCAUGCCUUUGCCACCUUUGUUGCCAGACGAACUGAAGCUGGGAAGGUACAGCUGAAGCAGGUGAUCCCUCACACACAGAUGGAGCAGAUGGAGUACAGCCUGGCAGCAGAGCGGAGGAGAAUGAGGCUCAUCCAUGCUGAGAUCAUUACAGACCUACUGAGCAGCAGCACAGCUCAACUGGGAGAAUGCCAGGAGUAUCAGGACGCCAUGCCAGCUGAGCGCACACGGGUGGAAAGUGUGGAGCUAGUGCUACCACCCCAUGCCAACCACCAAGUUAGCACCUUUGGGGGGCAAAUCAUGGCCUGGAUGGAGAAUGUAGCUACAAUUGCAGCAAGUCGCUUGUGUAACGCUCAUCCAACCUUGAGGACCAUAGACAUGUUUCAUUUUCGUGGCCCGUCUCACAUUGGCGACCGACUAGUAUUGAAAGCCAUUGUUAACAACGCCUUCAAGCACAGUAUGGAGGUGGGUGUCUGUGCAGAGGCCUACAAGGGUGGAGAACCUCUGCGUCAUAUAAAUAGUGCCUUUAUGACCUUUGAGGUACUGGACAGUGAUAGGAAACCAUGCACACUGCCACGGAUUCGACCUGAGCCUGUGGAUGGAAACAGACGUUAUAAAGAAGCCGUUGCAAGAAAGAAGAUUCGUCUUGAUAGGAAAUACAUUAUCUCCUGCAAGCAAACCGAGGUGCCUCUGUCUGUACCUUGGGAUCCAAGUAACCAGAUGUACCUGAGCUACAAUAAUGUAUCAGCACUGAAACUGAUGGAUACCAGAAACAACUGGGUGUUAACCUCUGAGAAAAAUAAGGUCAGACUAUACACACUGGAGGAAAACCAGGUGUUGUGUUUCAAGGUAGAGAUGCACGUCAGUGUCCCAGCAGAGCAGACGUUCCACCUGUUGUCAGACCUGAGGAGGAGAAAGGAGUGGGACCAACAUUACAAGGAGUGUGAGGUGAUCACCCAGGCAGAUGAGGAUGACACCCUUUAUCGCGUAGCUACACCCUCUGUCAGAAAAGGGGGCAAGGGCAAGGACUUCAUUUUACUGGCAUCUAGGAGGAAGCCAUGUGACUUCAGGGACCCAUAUCUGAUCGCUCUGCGUUCUGUCACUUUGCCCACUCACCCUCCCACGGAGGACUACACCAGGGGAGAGGUGCUCUGCGCUGGCUUCACAAUCUGGGAAGAGUCCAGUACUGUCACCAAGAUCACUUACUACAACCAGGCCACACCAGGUGUCCUUCCCUACAUUUCCACAGACAUCGCUGGACUCUCAUCUGGCUUUUACAAUGCUUUUUCCGCCUGUAGCCAUUUCCUGGAGGCCAACAAGCCGCCCUCUGCACUGCAACACAACUGUGCUACCAUAGUCUCUCUGGAAAAGGAGAAAUAGCAUCCUGUCAGACUUCAUUUCACCUCUGUUGUGGAAGUGCUGUGCUCCUUUAAGAAGCCACAGUUGAAUGUAACUGCCCCACUCUGAGAUUACAAACGUCUUUGCAAUGGAUUAUAGGUUGUUUGUAACUCUUUAAACCUGAGUUCAUACUUUAUGACUUUAUCCAUUCUGAAAAUGCGAGACAUGCUCUCUAAAAAGGCUGAAGAAAUACAGCGUUCGCUUUUUAAGAACCUGCUGCUUAUUCUCAGCCAGAUUAAUAAGUGUGAAGCAAGAGUGCAAAAUGUUUCUCUUGGAUUUUAAGCUCCUUAGGUUUUUAUUAGAGCCAGUAAACUAUGGUUCACUUUCUGUGCAAUACUAACUUAUACAUAAAUCAUAUUUUGGUACAUAGUUUUAAAUAUUUAACACAACUUUUGCAAUCUGUUAUCUUGAGAGAACCAUGUUUUUAAUGGUAUGACCAGUCUAUUGAGAAAAUAAUAUGAGGAUAAAACUAGUUUAAGCUGACAGCCUCCUUUUGUAAUAGUUUAUGUUCUACCUCCUGUCAGAGUCAAGUUUUUAAAAUAUUAAAAAUUUAAAAUAUAAGUUAAGAUGUACAUUUAGUGUGUAAUAAUGUUGCUUUAGAAAACAAUGUACAGUUUUAGAGAAAGUAACUUGAACUGAUUAUAACAUGUGGACAUUAAAUGUCUUGAUUUAACUGAAGCAAUAAGUACAAUAGACCAGUGGAUUUAGCUCAUUUAAGCUGUUGUUUUGGUUUCCCCCCUCCCUCCCCUCUGCAUUCCUACCAUUCCUCAACCAAUUUUCAUGUACACAAAACAAAAACAAAACACAGCUUGCAGUUGUAUCCCACUGUAACUGUGAUGUUAGUUUUGUAAUAGGUGUAGACCAGCUGGGGAGUUUAAUGGAGUAUGAGCGAAACAGUCAGCUCUAAUCCUUGUCUGCCCUCUAACCCUCUGACUGGGGCUUAUGGGAGAAGGUGGCUCUGCUUGCUUUCCAGGUAUUGUGUUUGUUCCAUGAUCAUCCUGUUAUGCUCUCACCGCUUCCUGGUUUUAGAGCAACAGCAUAAGCGAAUGCAUCUGCGUUCAAAAAUAUCUGUAAUCCCCUCCUAAUUUCUCCUAGUCUUCACGAAUUUUAGGUAAAUUGAUGAAACCCUGGCAGCUGCUCAGUAAUCCUGCAGAAUAAAUCUGUCCAAAGAAAACAUGGAUGAGUCUUGUUUGGUUUGGCAGAACGACUCUCGCUGCCAGUUCACACUGCACUGCAGGUCACUGAACAGCAUCUGAUGUGUGCUAUUCUUGUUAAAGGGGCCGGUCAGUGAGGCAAGCUGCGCCCCCCCCCCCCCCACAACCAUAGGGUCAUCAUCACUGCCCACUCUCAAGUCUUCCUCCAAGUUCAUCUCAGCAUUACUGGAUGAAUGAUGUGGUUUAAAGUGGCAUAAAUCUAAAAAAAAAAAGAAAAGAAAAGUUAUUUGUGUUCAAUCAAGGCACUAUGAUACUCAAAAUCUUAGCCAAUAUAAAAAUGAAUAAAUAUCCUAAAGCAGUAGUUACUGAAUGUUGAAUAAAUGGAUAAAGAA